AUGUAUCAGUCCACCCACCCAAAAGGUGAGAAUGUAGAAUGUUUAAUCCCUCUGUGAAGCUGCACAAGCUAAAUGCCCACAAAUAGGGGUUCUACUAAGCCGUUUGGAAUUGUUUUAAGAAGGUCAUACCAAGGAUAAUGAAGAACAAAUGAUUUGAUGAAAAAUUGAAUUUGGCCUUACUGCUAUUAGCCCAUAUAAACGCAUUGAAUAAAAUAUUCACUACAUGGAACAACAGAUAGUCCCCUCCAACAAAAUCUAAAAGCAGUUUGUUCUGACAGAUAUAAGAAAGAUCAAGAAACAUUUUUUUUUUAAAUGGACAUGUAUUUAACCCCUUAUUUUUGGUACUAAACAAUCUCCAUAUAUACUUCAUUUAAAAAAAUCAGCUGGUACCUUUUGACCUUCAGAUGAGCCUUGUGAGUCCUGUGGGCAUCCUAGAGCAAAACAACCAACAUGUACCUGUUCGUGAGAGUCUCACCUUUCCACAGUGUGUGGCCCAAACUGUCCGGACGCAACAGACAGAAGUUGGCAGAUCGACUGUACCGACUUCAGACGAGUCCCGAAAUGGAGAACACCACAGUGUUUGUGAGAGUCUCAUCUUUCCAUACACGGGUUAUAAUAGUUUGUAGGCCAAACUGUUCGGACGCUACAGACAAUUUUGUGAGAAGACCGAUUUUCGGGACGUUUUUCUCAUGAUCUGACAAACACUGCUCUAGCUCUGUCACCUUUCAGCUCUAGCUCUGUCACCUUUCAGCUCUAGCUCUGUUACCUUUCAUCGCAGAAAUGGAAGUGUGACAUCGGCGGAUGUGGUGGAUUGAGACACAUCCAAUGUUAAGAAUAUCUCAAGCUUAAACUGACAGAAUUUUAUGGGGGCUGCGCAAAUCGACUCUAGUUAAUCAAAAUAUCAGAGAAAAUGUCCAGGUGCCCCUUUAAGGGUGGGAGGUUACCAUGGUAACGGGGCCACUCGAGUCCUGUCACUUGUGUGUGAGAUUUGGGAUCUGACUAGGGUGUCUCUUUGCUAUCAGUUGAAGUAGCAGACUCAAACUAACGUUGAAAAACAACCGAGCUUGUGAAAUAAAUAGCCAGGAAACACGAUGACAAAGUCUCACUUUGUAGACUUUUGAGUAAAUUAGACCAACUUUAUGCCAGUGCGCAGUGCCUCCAAAAAUGUAUCUAUCAGCACUUCACUCAGUGAGCUCAGCUCCUUUGCCAGGCAGUGUUGCUGCGCGAGGUGGGAUAUAGGAUUAGUAUAUAUUUGUGCAAUUAACAGCUAUGAAACAAAACAGCAGAAAUACUUUGAAAACAGCUACUGCAGCAUUUUUCUACCUCAAACUCGCAUAUGUGCUUAUACUUGACUUUUGACAAUUUUUAUUCAUGAAUGUAAUGCUCGCACCAUAGAGCCCUGUAAAUUGACCACCCACCAACAUGGCUAGUGAAAUAGAUAUUCUUACCCACCAAGGUUGGUGGCACCUUAAUUGGGGAGGACGGGCUCAUGGCAAUGGCUGGAGCGGAAUGAGUGGAAAGGUAUCAAAUACUGUACAUCAAACACACAGUUUCCAUGUGUUUGAUACCAUUUCAUUCGCUCCGUUCUAGCCAUUAUUAUGAGCCGUCCUUCCCUCAGCAGUCUCUUAUUUCAAGCAGUCUCUGCAGUUCAAACAACAACAAAGGCCACCCCACCACUGUUUUGGUAAACAACUGAGGCUGGUGAAAUGUAACCACUCUCAAAUUCAUAGACAGAGCUAUGGAUGUAAGAACUGACCAUUCAUGAGAUCAAAAUUAUAGUUCUAACCAUGUUUUGAUUCCAAUCUCUCUUUCAAAAAGCAGGUGGAAAAGGUAACUCAAAUAACCAAAUUCAAACUGGCUAAUUUCUCAUACAGAAUUGUUUGACUACAGGGGCAACAAAAGAGCUUCCCAUGUCUGGAACACAAUGCGUUUAGACACACGCAACGGUGCCACCUACCGCACUUUCACACAUAACCUAAAGACAUGGCUAAAGAACAAUCAGGUGUGUCAACACAAUCUCUAGCUGUGUAAAGGCGCUUUCCAAGUUGUCUGUUGUCUUCUUUUUGUGUUAUUGCUCUGUCUUCGUUGCAUAGUGUUGCUUGUCAUAUGUUGUUCUAUAUGUGCUUAUUGUCUGUCAUUUUAUGAGUUUUUAAUAACCUGCCCAGGGACUGUGGUCGAAAAUUUGUCGGCUGGCGAAAUCCUGCACUUUUACUAAAAUGUUUAUUAAUGUGCACUGUCCUUGUCAAAAUAAACUGAAUAAAGUAAAGGCUAUACAGUGUUUGUUUACAAUCACAUUGUUUACAAACAAUGUAGUGAAACACGCUUAUAUUUUGGGUCCUGAUGGGGUUAUAUAGUUGAACUAAGCUCUUGAGGCAUUUAUAAGUUAUAUUCUUCAAGAAUUAAUGUCUAUAUAUCAUUAAUUUAAAAGUCAAAAAAUGGAUGUUGCAAAUGCAGAUUGCCCCCUUAAUAGUGAAGCCAAAGGAUUCAUGCUUAGUCACAAACCUCAGAGAAGGAUGUUGUUGAGAGCUCUGCGCUUAUUGGUGAUCUACUGAUAGCUCAAGUUGAGCAUCUGUAAAAUGUGAAAACCUUCCAAUCCUGGACAUAACCUGCCACUCAACUGCUGUGUGUUUCCUCUCUCUCUGUUGUAGGAGGUGUGUGUAUCUCUCAGUCGGUCAAGAUUCCCCGUGAGCCAAAACCGGGAGAGUUUGGCAAGGUCAUCCGCCGACUAAGAGAAAACCCAAAUGCAAGGGUGGUCAUCAUUUUCGCCAAUGAGGAUGAUAUUAGGUAAGGGUAUUAUUAUCAUAGCAUUGUCACGUUGAAUAUGAAAAAUAAUAAAAUAAAAUAAAAUCAUCUUAAGAAACACGCAGCAUGAAAGAUUAUUAUUUAAAGGGAGAAGAAGAGUCAAUCGGCAGGAAUAAAAAGCUUUAUUGAAAUUAUGCAUUGUAUAAUUACUUUAAAAUGUUCUUGGUCAAGCGCUAUCAUGAUUCUCCCUAUUAGACUCUCUGUCGGUAACUCAUGUUAAUAUGCUUCCUUAUUUUAUCUUAGUGGCAACAGGAUACAUUUGGAAAUGAUUUUCAUCGUUUAGCCCUCUGUUGUCCUGAUAUUAGUCAAUGUUACCUGCCGCUGUGCAAUCAGCUUCGGAUGACUAAUGUAGCCUUCAAUAAGCCUGAUUUAGCAAACUCAAGUGACGAACGAAAAAGCUGGAGAAAAUAUUUGUAUAUAUUGUUAACAUUUAUUCGUAGAAAAUGAGGAUGAUUUCUCUGGGUACACAACACACCAGACCAUACACAUCACUUUGUUUAUAGUGCAGACCAGCCAGACCAAUACAACAUCAUUCAAAUGAGUUUGUACCUUCAAGUUGAAUCAUGAACGCUGUGUACUACAGUUUAUCAGUGACUGUUGUGUAGUUCUUAUGCAGUACUGCCCAAAUAGUUAGCUCAUAGAAAGUGUUACCAAAAUAUAAAAUACAUUAUUGGUAGCUAAAUGUGUUUAUACACUUGUACCAGGCGGCUACUCCAAGCAGCCAAGAAGGCCAACCAGACUGGCCAUUUCAUCUGGGUGGGCUCAGACAGCUGGGGCUCAAAGAUAUCGCCAGUGUUACACCAAGAAGAGAUGGCAGAGGGAGCUGUCACCAUCCUGCCCAAACGCCAGUCCAUCAGAGGUGAGGGUGAACAGAGAAAUGUUCUAGGCUGCUAUGAUCAACUAUAAGAUUGUCCGAUUAAUUGAUUGAUUGAUUGAUUGGUAGAUCUCAUGUAGCUUUAGCUGAAUGUACAAAAAUAAAGCGAUUGCGAUAAGUAAUGCCAUUGUAGAUUAUAUUACAGAAUAUUGGAAAACAUUACAUUUUGUUUACAAACUUAGACAUGGAUCAGUAGUAUGUUAUUGUGCCAGCAGCUAUUCCCCCUCACAUAGAGAUAUCUCUGGUAAAGCUAUAAUCCUUAAUUGAAACAAUAACAAAGCAACUCCCUGCCCCUGUUUCGCUAAAAAGCUGAGGGAUGGGCUGGAGAAAUGUAACCAUUCUCAAAUUCAUAGACAGAGCUAUGGAUGCAAGGAAUGACAAUCCAUGAUAUCAAAUGUAUAGUUUAACCAUGUUGUGUGGCUACAGAGUGUUUGUUUAGAUUGAAAUUGUUUAGAAACAUUGGAUUAAAAAACAAGUUAUAUUUUGGGUUCUGAUGGGGUACGACAGUUGAACUGAGCUCAUAAGGCAUUUAUGAGUUAUAUUUUUUAAGAAUCAAUGGGUAAAUAUACAUUUAUAAGUCAAGAGAUUGGUACUGUACUGUAGCAACUAAGGACUCUACCUUUAAGUAUCAACAGAUCGUGUUCCUGUUAACACAGAACACUUCCAAGCCCUGAUAAGUUGUUGUAAAAGAUAAGGCAUUUACUGUCCUGUUCAAUGACAAUGAUCUGAUCGAUCUCUUCCAGGGUUUGAUCGUUACUUCAUCAGCCGCACACUGGAGAACAACAGGAGAAAUAUCUGGUUUGCUGAGUUCUGGGAGAACAACUUCGCCUGCAAGCUGAGCCGACACGCUUUGAAGAAAGGGUCCGGGCUGAAGAAAUGCACAAGUAGGACAAUUCUCCUUUCCUUUCUGACCAUUGCAGCUUUACUGAUCUCAACUACCAUUGGCAAAGUGUUAUGUUUCACAGGUAGGGACAGGAAAAGCCUGUGCUUAUCCUAGAACAUAACAGAUUUGGCCCAUGGCUUACGAUACAUGACAAAAAUGUGUAUACCAGUUAAAGCUAGAGAGGUACGACAAUAGCUAGAUUCAAAAUGUAUCUCCUUGUGAUGAGGUAUUACUAGAGUAGUAGCAGGUCUGCAUGGUUAAAAAUCUCCACCUUCAGGCUCACUGCCAUAUGCAAUCCAGCUGUGUCCUGGAGUAUUCUGUCUUCGUGUCCCAGAUAUUGUUUGAUCAUCACAAAUUCACCCCAGCCUUUCAAUCUUGACUUGGAGCUAAACACCUUCUCUCUAGCUGCUCUACGAAUCUAUCUGUACAUGAGAGAAGACAUGUAGGCUAGUAGUAUAAUGAUGGUUUGAAACACAGUUAACAGCAAAAUGCAAAUAUUGUCUCGUUAUUCCCUAUUGGUUUAAAAUCAAAUGAUGCCUGUUGCGAUUGCAGUUGUCAAAUUUUUAUAUUUUCUUAUGUGAGAAACUUGCCUUCAUGGUGGUGCAAUAAUACCAAUCACCGUGUCAAAGUGUGGAAACAACACUUAGAAAAUACAGAACAACAAAAAUCAUAGAAUAGGCAUUCACAUGUAGCAAAUGGACAUCCUCAAAAUUCAUGAAGCAAGCAUAAUUCAUAGUCAUGUUGUAAUUGGCUUUCAAUAAAGGUACAUUGUAAUUGUGUGUUUGUUUAAUCACACUGCUCCAUGGAAUAGCAACCAAGUUCUCAUAAUAUACUACAAAACUGGCAAAAGCUGCACUAAGAGCAGAAUUUCCUCCCUUUUUGUUCUUUAUUGUGUGGGUUUUAGGUCCUUAGGCUAGCACUUCUGUCUUAAUGGGAGUGCAGCAAGGUAUCCAACUGAAAACUACAAGUUGAUUAGAGGCCAUCUCUCUUCAAAUACACCAGUAAUACAAAAAUGAACAAUUAAAAACGGUGUGGGGUCAGUAACUGGAGACAUGUCUUCGGUCUCUAUUGGGAAAAAGAUUGCAAAACAAGAUUUCAACAGAUCAAUGUUGUCCGUCUAUACAGAAGACCUGUCACAUCCUCGCAGUGCCACUGUCUACUGCACCACUCUUUCAUGGAUGAACUGGCUCUGUGUUAAUAACCAAUCUGAGAGAAGAAAAACCACUGUCAGAAAGCCAAGGAUAUAGCUAUAUGUCUAUAGAUUCCCACAAAAGAAUUGACUCAUAUGAUGACAAGUUAGCAAUUAGCUGAAUGAUCUGAGUAGAGGUUGGAGAAAUUGGACCUGGAGGAUGAAGAGUUGGGGGACUGAGACAUCAUCAGCUCAUUGACUCAUCAACUCAUCCAUGCAUGAUCGUAACACACUGAGAUAGAUUGGUCUCAAUGCAUUCUGGCACAGCUGCUCUGGACUAAUGUGUUAUUUUUUGGCACUUCUUGACAUCCAAAUUGCUCUUUGUGGCUGAAGCCUUGGCCAAUCUAAAUGCUUGAACUCAUAUGGACGACAUAUCAAGACAGUUGGAAGCUCUGCCUUUUCUUUAAAAAUGAACAAUACGCUUGGAAAGGGGAGACGUCAUAGAAUGUCAAAAAGUAAACAUUGUUGGAGACACCUAGCAGUUUUGGAGACACUGUGGUGUUUGCUAGCAAAUACAUUUUCUGAACUUCACGGUAAAUAAGUGAAUUCUUUCGCCUCAUAGUUAGCGCAGGAUGAUUAUCCGGCUAGCUAAAAUUGCUUACAGUUAGUUAGCAAUCGCGUUUCUGCUACACUAUUCUGCUAGCUACUGUAGCACUACCGUGUCAAUAAUGUCCUGUGUGGCUCAGUUGGUAGAGCAUGGGGCUUGCAAUACCAGUGUUGUGGGUUCAAUUCACACGGGGGACCAGUACGCAAAAGUACGAAAAUGUAUGCACUCACUACUGUACGUCGCUCUGUAUAAGAGCGUCUGCUAAAUUACUAAAAUGUAUACUGAACAAAAAUAUACAUGCAACAAUUUCAACAAUUUUACUGAGGAACAGUUCAUAUAAGGAAAUCAGUCAAUGGAAAUAAAUGCAUUUGACCCUAAUCUAUGGAUUUCACAUGACUGGGCAGGGGUGCAGCCAUGGGUGUGACUGGGAGGGCAUUGGCCCACCAACUUGGGAGCCAGGCCCACCCACUUUCCCCACAAAAGGGCUUUAUUACAGACAGAAAUAGUCCUCAGUUUCAUCAGCUGUCAGGUUGGCUGGUCUCAGACGAUCCCGCAGGUGAAGAAGCUGGAUGUGGAGGGCUGACGUGAUUACACUUGGUCUGCGGUUGUGAGGCCGGUUGGACGUACUGACAAAUUCUCUAAAACGAUGUUAGAGGUGGUUUAUGGUAGAGAAAUGAACAUUCAAUUCUCUGGCAACAGCUCUGGUGGACAUUCCUGCAGUCAGCAUGCCAAUUGCACGCUCUCUCAAAACUUGAGACAUCUGUGUCAUUGUGUUGUGUGACAAAACUGCGGAUAGUGGGCUUUUAUUGUCCCCAGCUCAAAGUGCACCUGUGUAAUGAUCAUGCUGUUUAAUCAGCGUCUUGAUAUGCCAUACCUAUCAGUAGAAAUGUUCACUAACAUGGAUGUAAACAAAUUUGUGCACAACAUUUUAGAGAAAUAAGCUUUUUGUGCGUAUGGAACAAUUCUGUGAUCUUUUAUUUCAGCUCAUGGAACAUGGGACCGCACUUUGCAUGUUGCGUUUAUAUAUUUUUGUUCAAUAUAAAUGUAAUAACCUAUCUCCAAAAAUGACGAGGUGUCUCCAGUUGUGUUUAUAUUUUCCCAUUGUGACGUGCAUCCACACCUAUCUACUCUUUAUGCGUACUGUACAGGACUAAUGAACGAAUAAGGACAAAUACACACAUCUAACUUGUUCAGGUGCUGAAUAGAAAAGCAAAUUAAAAAUAAUGAAUGAAUGACAGAACAGGGCUGCGGUAAGCUGAGAGGAAAUGGAGGAAAACUACACUGAACAAAAAUGUAAACGCAACAUGCGAUAAUUUCAAAGAUUUUACUGAGUUACAGUUCAUACAGUGGUGUAAAGUACUUAAGUAAAAAUACCUUAAAGUACUACUUAAAAUUUUUUUUGGGGUAUCUGUACCUUACUUUUUUUUGGACAACUUUUACAAGAAAAUGGUCCAAUUCACGCACUUAUCAAGAGAACAUCGCUGGGGAUCCCUACUGCCUUUGAUCUGGUGGACUCACUAAACACACAUGCUUUGUUUGUAAAUUAUGUCUGAGUGUUGACGUGUGCAUCUGGCUAUCCGUAAAAAAAUUAAAAUAAGAAUAUGGUGCCGUCUGGUUUGCUUAAUAUAAGUAAUUUGAAAUUAUUUAUACUUUUAAUUUUGAUACUUAAGUAUAUUUUAGCAAUUACAUUUACUUUUGAUAGUUAAGGAUAUUUAAAACCAAAUACUUUUAGACUUUUACUCAAUAAGUAUUUUACUGGGUGACUUUCACUUUAACUUGAGUAAUUUUUAUUAAGGUAUCUUUACUUUUACUCAAGUAUGACAAUUGGGUUAUUUUUCCACCACUGAGUUCAUAUAAGGAAAUCCGUCAAUUUAAAUAAUAUCAUUAGGCCCUAAUCUAUGGAUUUCACAUGGGAAUACAGAUAUGAACCUGUUGGUCACAGAUAAAAAGAAAAGUAGGGCGUGUAUCAGAAAACCAGUCAGUAUCUGGUGUGACCACCAUUAGCCUCAUGCAGGGCGACACAUCUCCUUCGCAUAGAGUUGAUCAGGCUGUUGAUUGUGGCCUGUGGAACGUUGUCCCACUCCUCUUCAAUGGCUGUGUGAAGUUGCUGGAUAUUGGCGGGAACUGGAACACGCUGUCGUACACUUCGAUCCAGAGCAUCCCAAACAUGCUCAAUGGUUGACAUGUCUGGUGAGUAUGCAGGCCAUGGAAGAACUGGGACAUUUUCAGCUUUCAGGAAUUGUGUACAGAUCCUUGCGACAUGGGGCUGUGCAUUGUCAUGCUGAAACAUGAGGUGACGGUGGCAGAUGAAUGACACAACAAUGGGCCUCAGGAUCUCAUCACAGCAUCUCUGUGCUUUCAAAUUGCCAUCGAUAAAAUGCUAUUGUGUAAACAAAUUUGUGCACAACAUUUUAGAGAAAUAAGCUUUUUGUACGUAUGGAACCUUUCUGGGAUCUUUUAUUUCAGCUCAUGAAACAUGGGACUACAUGUUGCAUUUAUAUUUUAUUUUUGUAUAUAUUUCUGGAGAACCUAUCAACCUUCCACUCCCUCCGCUCUACCCUCUAGCCUUUGCCUCCAACCCUGGGAUUCUCUUUGCCACCUUCUACUCCCUCUGUAAUCCUCCACAUCCUCCCCCUCCCUUCUCCCUCUCUAGAGGACGACUUUGUCAACCACUUUGAAAAGAAGGUUGACGAAAUCCGCUUCUCAUUCACUCAGCCUAUUGAGUCCACUGGUCCCACUCACACAGAACUACUCUACGCCUGGACCCCUUUGUCCCCUCUCUCUCCAGAUGAAAUCAUGUGACUAGUGAUGUCUGGCCGCCCGACAACCUGCCCCCUUGACACCAUUCCUCACUUCCCUCAUCAACUCAUCCCUGACCACUGGCUGCAUUCCCUCUGACUUCAAGAUGGCCAGAGUAUCUUCCCUCCUUAAGAAACCAACACACAACCCCUUAGACGCCAAAAAUGACAGAACGGUAUUCUUUCUUUCUUUUCUUUCCAAAACACUUGAGCGUGCUGUCUCUGACUAACUCUCUCGUUAUCUCUCUCAGAACGAUCAUCUUGACCCUAACCAGUCUCGCUGCAAGACAGGUCACUCAACCGAGACCGCUCUCCUCUGUGUCACGGAGGCUCUCCACACUGCCAAAGCAGACUCACUCUCCUCUGUUCUCAACCUCCUAGAUAUAUCAGCUGCCUUCAACACGAUGAACCCUCAGAUCCUCCUCUCCACCCUCUCAGGCCUGGGCAUCUCAGGCUCUGCACACUCUCAGGCUCUGCACCACGUGCUCCCACUACUGGUGUCUCCCAGGGCUCGGUUCUAGGCCCUCUCCUUUUCACUCUUUACAACAAGUCACUCGGCUCCGUCAUAUCCUCACAUGGUCUCUCCUAUCAUUGCUAUGCGGAUUACACUCAACUACUUUUCUCAUUUUCCCCUUCUGACACCCAGGUGGCAACACGCAUCUCUGCAUUUCAGCUUGAAUGUCAGCCCAUCACCUCAAGCUCAACUUCGACAAUAUAGAGCUGCUCUUCCUCUCUGGGAAGACCUGCCCGCUCCAAGUCCUCUCCUUCAUGGUCAACAACUCAACUUUGUCCCCCUCCCAGAGUGCAAAUAACCUUUGUGUUACCCUGGACAACACCCUGUCAUUCUCUGCAAACAUCAAAGAAGUGACUCGCUCCUGCAGGUUCAUGCUCUACAAAAUCCGUAGAGUACGACCUCUCCUCACUCAGGUCCUAAUCCAGGCACUUGUCAUCUCCCAUCUGGACUACUUCAACUCUAUGUUGGCUGGGUUCCCCGCUUGUGCCAUCAAACCCCUGCAACUUAUCCAGAAUGCUGCAUCCCACCUGGUGUUCAACCUUCCCAAGUUCUCCUAUGUCAUCACGAUCCUCCGCACACUCCACUGGCUUCCAGAUGAAGCUCACAUCCACUACAAGACCAUGGUGCUUGCCUACGAGGCAGCAAGGGGAACUGCCCCUCCCUAUGUUCAGGCUAUGCUAGAACCCUACAUCCCAACCCGAGAACUCUGUUCUGCCGCAUCUGGUCUCUUGGCCGUCGCACCCCUACUGAAGGUCAGCUCCUUCUCAGCCCAGUCAAAGCUCUUCUCUGUCCUGGCACCCCAGUGAUGGAACCAGCUUCCCCCUGCCCAUCUUCCGAAAACUUCUGAAACCUUACCUCUUCAAAGAGUAUCUUAAAUAAGACAUCUCAGUCAGUCUUAUCCACCCCCCCCCAAAAAAAAAAAUUAUAAUAAUGUUUUUUAAUAAAUAAAUUGCACUUGUCUUUUCAUACUAGCACUAACUUUGCUGAUAGCUUCUUUAUUGAGGAAAACAUUUACUUACUACGACUGUGAUAUGUGGUUGUCUCAUCUAGCUAAAAGUGUCUGCUAAAUGACUAAAAUGUAAAUUCUAGAAUGACCCUGUACCUAUUGCUUGGGGUGGGGGAAUGCUAAAAUGGCUAAAUGUGCGAAGGAGAAUCCUGUUCAGACAAAAUGAAGCUCUGAUGAAGGGCUUUGACAUGUGAAGAGGCUGUGCAGGAUUAAUUUGAGUGACAGUGUGAGUUGAAUACAAGGUCACAGCUCUGUUUGCUGAAAAUAUGAUGCAGUGUUGUUUUUCUAAGGCUGUGUGUAAGUUUGUUGACGUAGCAGAAAGUCGGAAAGUUAUUUGGCUUUGCAAUCCACUCUCCCUUUUCUCGGAGGGAAGGAUGCCACUCAGGAAGCACGUUUCAGGGCCACAUGCAAUUCUCCAGGGGUCCCUGGUGGUGCUGGCGAAGGCUUUGUACCUCCCUUCAAGCGGACCACAUGAGCUGUGGGUGAGGAAUAAUCAAUGUCCUGAGAGGGCUCUGUGUGUUCACAGUGAUCAAAGAGAGAGCGAGUGUGUGAGUGGAUUGGAGACAGAGAGAGACUAGUCUUGUAUCUGUGAAUGACUGAGAUACACAGCUGAUAUUGAUUAAGGUGGAGAUGAGCAGGAAGGUAGAAUGGGGCCCAGCUUCCUCUCCUGGGGUUUGAUGCUUCCAGCUAAUUCAUACAGGGGAGAACAGCAUGCAGCAGAGCACCACAGACACAAUGGGUGAAUCUUUUCUCCAUGAUCAUGUCAUAUUACCAUAAUGAAAAGAGUAAUGGAUUUAAUGUACCAAACUGAUGUGUGUCUAAUGAACAGUUUGUAAAAUGUUUAGAUCAUCCUGUUUCAUCCAUUUGUUUCAGCUUGGCGGUUUUGAGUUGGAAAGGUCAGGACAUUGGGAAUGUUCCAUGAUGGGCAUCAACCAAAACAUCCUAUGUAUUCCCUAAGGCACACAUAGGGAGAUGUUCUCAUGUGAAGGAAUGGAUGAAGAUUGGCUAUGGAUGAAGUCCAAGUUCUCUGGACGAUGAAGGGAAACAUGGUCUAUGGCCAAACCCAAGCAUGCAGAGUUUAACGGGGUCAGAGCCAACCCACUCUGUUGCAAACUCCCUUCUGUGGCACCCUUGUAGAGGGAGACACCCUCUCUGUGCUGAUACUCCUAAUCUGAAUGGAUUUCUCUGAAGCCAGAGAGCCAGCCUCGGGUGUGCGUGGGCGUGCUCCGACUCAGCAAUGAGAUGAGAGAGGCCUUGCUGGGAAAGAGAGAGGCAAUACCAAGUUUGUGUGUGUGUGUGGGCCGCCAUGCCUUAGCCUGAGAGAGAUAUAUCACUCCCAUCGCUCGCUCCCGGGCUGCCCCACAGCCCAACCGUGUCAGCCAAACCGUGACAAUAUUUGUCUGUCCAAUCUGGGUGCCUGUGGCGCUCAAUUACCACAGUCGUAACCUGAUUCUUUAAUUCAUGUGACUUGUGAAAGUAUUCACCCCCCUUGGCAUUUUUCCUAUUUUGUUGCCUUACAACCUGGAAUUAAAAUUGAUUUUUUGGGGGUUUGUAUGAUUUGAUUUACACAACAUGCCUACCACUUUGAAGAUGCAAAAUAUGUUUUGUUUGUGUAACAAACAAGAAAUAAGACAAUGCAUAACUAUUCACCCCCCUUUUGCAACAAUUACAGCUGCAAGUCUCUUGGGGUAUAUCUCUAUAAGCUUGACACAUCUAGCUACUGGGAUUUUUGCCCAUUCUUCAAGGCAAAACUGCUCCAGCUCCUUCAAGUUGGAUGGGUUCCACUGGUGUACAGCAGUCUUUAAGUCAUACCACAGAUUCUCAAUUGGAUUGAGGUCUGGGCAUUGACUAGGCCAUUCCAAUACAUUUAAAUGUUUCCCCUUAAACCACUUGAGUGUUGCUUUAGCAGUAUGCUUAGGGUCAUUGUCCUGCUGGAAGGUGAACCUCCGUCCCAGUCUCAAAUAUCUGGAAGACUGAAACAGGUUUCCCUCAAGAAUUUCCCUGCAUUUAACGCCAUCCAUCAUUCCUUCAAUUCUGACCAGUUUCCCAGUCCCUGCCGAUGAAAAACAUGGGGAUGGUGUUCUCGGGGUGAUGAGAGGUGUUGGCUAGACAUAGCGUUUUCCUUGAUGGCCAAAAUGCUCAAUUUUCGUCUCAUCUUACCAGCGUACCUUCUUCCAUAUGUUUGGGGAGUCUCCCACAUGGCUUUUGGCGAACACCAAACGUGUUUGCUUAUUUUUUUCUUUAAGCAAUGGCUUUUUUCUGGCCACUCUUCCAUAAAGCCCAGCUCUGUGGAGUGUACGGCUUAAAGUGGUCCUAUGGACAGAUUAAAGUGGUCCUAUGGACAGCAUGAGCUAAUCAGAGAUGUUAAAUUGCCUUUAGUUUUGGCUGUAGCAGAGAUAUAUCGCAGAUGAAAGAUGACUGAAAGAGACAUCCAUUUGGGUCUAGCAAGCUUUUAAGUUGAAGUGGUUCUGCUAAAAUAAGAAAAUUAUAUUACACCCGUAUCAGGACAGUCGUUGCAAGAGAAAUUAAGAAGAGCAGUCUCUAGUGAGAAAAAGUAUUUCCAUGCAAAAAAUACCUAAAAUCUCAAAUAAAUAUGUUGAAAUGUCUAUUAUAUGUGAAAGUAAUAAAGAAAAGUUUUUGAUAGUAUUCUAGUAUGGAGUAGGCCUACUCUCCUGCUUACAUAUCACAAAUCCAUAGCUAUUGGGUUUACAAUGGUUGAAAAUACAGUAUAUUUUAGUGGGAGAAAAUAGAAGCAGUGUCCAUGAGGAUUGAUUGUCAUGCUUCAAACUAAAGACCACAUUAUUGACCAAAUAGACCCACUUAUAGAGAGACUAAUUUCCCUAGUGGAUUUAUGCUUACAUACAAAGACCAUCAAUCUUCUUCCCUAGAGAAAUAUUUUCUCCCCAAAAGCAAACUAGCUCAACAUGGUAUUGUAGAACAACAAACACAAUCUACGAGGAACCCAAGUACAGGCAAUACAUUCAACACAUUUCUCCACCCCAACUUACAGUCCUGUGGAACCCCCUGCCAUGCACUUCUAAACUCACAAUACUUAAUUAAAUUCCAUUUGGCAGGUGUAUGAAUAUAUUCAGCUAGCUCAUUAGUACAUCCCUGAUAAUUACUCUAUUGUUAAUCUAAAUUGAACAUACUCAUACAUUCUUUAUCUCUCCUUCACAUACAGUGGAGUCGUGAGGAAAACUAAUUUCAGACCAAAGGCUCCUGAGGUAGAAGACCAGGAGGAGUUUGGAUUGGCAUGUCAUCUCUCAACCCAGGCCCCCUAAUGCCUGACAGCAAAUAAUAUGUAAAAAAUAAAUUUAAAAAAUGCUCCAUGAUUAUUAAAACACGUAUCAGAAGCGAUUACAUUCACUCCAAUAGUUGAUUACUCCCCUCGCAAAACUGGCUGUCCUCAUUCACUGCCUGUCUGUCUACUUCCAAAAAGUAAUUACUUACCUUGCUCAAGGUGAUUAUACGUUUCUAGAGCUGGUUGUGAAUGUAGUGCAGUCAGAAUGGGGUGGCAAUCAGAUUACGUACAGUAUAUGUCGCUUAUACAGCAUAUUACUUAUACAUUGCAUAUGAGAGAAGACUUAUAUGUUGUAUAUUUGACAUCUUAUAUAUGCAUCACAUAUAUGACAUCAACCAACAUAUACGUCACUGGACAUCGACAAACAGAACGUUUUGGUAAAUAUAGUUUUAGUUUACUAACGUGAUUUCUCUGAGAAGAAGACCUUACACUCCUCAUAUUGGAAUUGAUUGGCUCCUCUGCAGUGGUCUAGCUAAACAUUGAUCUUCUAGCUAAUUGUGAGCGGCAGGGAGGGUCCAGUCAGUCAGUCAGUGCAUUAGGGCCUAGACGCUAAACUAACGGAGAGUAAUGCAUUUUGCUCCAUGCCUUCUGGCCCUCUGCCAUGACUUCCAUUAAAAGGUCUUACUCUUUUUAAGUGGUUCAAACAGAACUGGCUUAGCUGCGUACUGUACUUUGAUGACUUACUUUACACACUGAGUUCCUAACAUUUCAGAUUGACAAGGAACUGGCAGGAUGACUGUGGACCUGGCAUUGUGAGAGCAUGCAGUGUCCAGCUGGUGGUAGAGUCCAGUUGGUGGUAAUUAAAUAGGCAUAGGUUGUGUCCCAAAUAGCACCCUAAUCCCUAUGUAGUGCUCUACUUUUGACCAGGGCCAUUAGACUGACUGACUGACUGACUGACUGACUGACUGACUGACUGACUGACUGACUGUCUGACUGUCUGUCUGUCUGUCUGUCUGUCUGUCUGUCUGUCUGUCUGUCUGUCUGUCUGUCUGUCUGUCUGUCUGUCUGUCUGUCUGUCUGUCUGUCUGUCUGUCUGUCUGUCUGUCUGUCUGUCUGUCUGUCUGUCUGUCUGUCUGUCUGUCUGUCUGUCUGUCUGUCUGUCUGUCUGUCUGUCUGUCUGUCUGUCUGUCUGUCUGUCUGUCUGUCUGCCUGCCUGCCUGCCUGCCUGCCUGCCUGCCUGCCUGCCUGCCUGCCUGCCUGCCUGCCUGCCUGCCUGCCUGCCUGCCUGCCUGCCUGCCUGCCUGCCUGCCUGCCUGCCUGCCUGCCUGCCUGCCUGCCUGCCUGCCUGCCUGCCUGCCUGCCUGCCUGCCUGCCUGCCUGCCUGCCUGCCUGCCUGCCUGCCUGCCUGCCUGCCUGCCUGCCUGCCUGCCUGCCUGGCUGGCUGGCUGCCUGGCUGCCCUCUUCAUACCGGAGUAACCAUUGGUCAUACAGCUCACAAAAUCAAUGACAGUCUUUAAGUAGAUAAUUGUAAGGACUUUUUCCCCCAAACAAAGGACCCACUUAGCCCUUUAAAGUGGACUCUUCUUUUUGAUAGGGCACCGCAGCUGUUGGAAUACCAAUCACAAAUAUUUAGUACCAGAUUGAUGAGCAUUUCAAAUACACAUUUUAAAGAUCCAAUUCAAUAUGGGUGUAAUGAUUGCCUCGCAGCAGUCACGCUAGUGUGUCCCUGAAUUAACAUUCUGCUUAACAAGGCUAUCAAUGGAGAAAUUGAGUACCAGCAAAAGGAUGUUAUUUCCUUCCUUGAUUUGUAACUCCAACAACCAUCACAGUAUGGAGGCUAGUCAUGUGGUCACUACCAGCAUGUAAUAAUCACCCACUGUUAGGAUCAACACAAUAGAAGCUCAAUACACACAUAACAUGUAAUUUGACGUAAUAUUUAAAGACAUGUAGGUCUGUCUACCUGAUGCUGUAUUGCUGUAUUAUUUAUUAUUAUUUUUUUGAACAUAAUGUGAACUAUCACAUGUAAUACUCUUCAUAUGAUUUGAAUCCACUUUUCUAUGAAGCAAAAGAUGAUACUGGGGUUGGUAACCAAUGCUAUAAUGUAUUGCAUUUCUCAGAUACCUAACUUGGUUCUCUCUCUGCUCUACAGAUCAGGAGCGGAUAGGGAAGGACUCCAACUACGAGCAAGAGGGGAAGGUGCAGUUUGUGAUCGAUGCAGUCUAUUCCAUGGCCCACGCGCUGCACAACAUGCACAGGGAGCUCUGUCCAGGGAAGGUGGGCCUUUGCUCCAGGAUGGACCCCAUCAACGGCACUCUGCUGCUCAAACACAUCCGGAUGCUUAACUUUGCA